CACGCAUGGUUCCCCUUUCGUCAGCUCGCUCAAGCUUAGCAGCACACGCGCAACUUCCUCCUGCCAAAGUCUCACUUGCUUCUGCGCUCCUCAUUCUCUAGUACGCUCCCUAAUAAUGGACGCAUCUCCAACGAAAUGAGGAAUAUUUUCUGACUGAAAUAUCACAAUCUCGUUCAAGUCGUCGUCUGAAGCGGCGGACAGCACCAUGGGCUGCGUGUGCUCAAAGAAGGACCGGGAGCAUCUUCGGAAAGGGAGCAGUGAGGGACAGAAAAGUGCACUGACAACCCACUAUGUGAAAGAUCCCACGGUGGAAAAUUCUAAAACUGGCAAAAUGCCAUCCAUUGCCAACAUAACAGAUGGAGACAACAUUGCGAUAGCACUGUACGAUUACGAUGCCAUUCAUGAUGGAGACCUUGGCUUCAAGAAGGGAGACAAACUUAAAAUUUUGGAGGAAUCAGGGGAGUGGUGGCGAGCAAAGUCGAUCAGUAUAGGUCAAGAAGGCUUCAUCCCCAGCAAUUAUGUUGCUAAAGAUACCCUGGAGGCAGAGGAGUGGUUCUUUAAGGGCAUUAGCCGCAGAGAUGCCGAAAGGCAGCUGCUGGCCCCCGGGAACAAAGUUGGAUCGUUCAUGAUUCGAGACAGCGAGACCAACAAAGGAAGCUUCUCUCUGUCUGUCAGGGACAGUGACGGCCCGUCUGGUGACACUGUUAAACAUUAUAAAAUCCGUAUGCUGGACAGCGGAGGAUUCUACAUCUCUCCACGGAUCACAUUCAGCACACUGCAGGACAUGGUCAAGCAUUACAAGAAGCAGGGCGAUGGCCUUUGCCAAACCCUGACCAACCCUUGCCUGAGUCCAAAACCUGAGAAACCCUGGGAGAAAGAUGCCUGGGAGAUCCCAAGGUCAUCACUUAAGCUGGAGAAGAGGCUUGGUGCUGGCCAAUUUGGAGAAGUCUGGCUAGCUACUUACAACAAACACACCAAGGUAGCAGUGAAGACCAUGAAACCUGGAAGUAUGUCAGUUGAAGCCUUCAUGGCUGAGGCCAACCUGAUGAAGACUUUACAGCACGACAAAUUGGUGCGACUCAAUGCUGUGGUCACCAAGGAGGAGCCUAUUUAUAUUAUCACCGAAUUAAUGGAAAAAGGUAGCUUAUUAGACUUCCUGAAGAGUGACGAAGGCAAUCGCAUCCCACUUCCCAAGCUCAUUGACUUCUCUGCCCAGAUUGCAGAGGGCAUGGCCUACAUUGAGCAGAGGAACUACAUCCACCGAGACUUGAGGGCCGCCAACAUCCUGGUCAAUAAGGCUUUAGUCUGCAAAAUUGCUGACUUUGGCCUCGCCCGCAUCAUUGAAGACAAUGAAUACACAGCAAGGGAAGGAGCAAGAUUCCCCAUUAAAUGGACGGCCCCUGAAGCCAUUAACUACGGCUGUUUCACUAUUAAGUCAGACGUCUGGUCUUUUGGUAUUUUGCUGACGGAGAUCAUCAGUUAUGGACGCACACCAUACCCAGGAAUGACCAACCCAGAGGUGAUCCGUUCACUGGAGAAGGGCUACCGGAUGCAGCGUCAGGACCGUUGUCCCAAGGAACUCUAUGACAUCAUGCUCGAGUGUUGGAAGAACAAACCAGAUGACCGUCCAACCUUUGAUUACCUGCAGAGUGUCCUGGAGGAUUUCUACACAGCCACAGAGAGCCAGUACCAGCAGCAACCAUGACUCAAAGACAUCGUUACUGUGCAGUCUUAUGAUGUAAUAUUUGUAUAAAAACGUUAUACUGUAUAGUAUUUUCCCAUAUGUCCUUAUCCAUGUAACCCUCAAUGAACGGAUGUCUCAGCAGGCUGUGGACACAAUUUCCUCCAAAAGAGCACCACUUUGAAUCAGCAAUGCAAUUUCUUUUUGUCUUUUAUUUUAAACUCGAGACUGUGUUGUCACAGGCCAAGGUCUCAAGAAUGGACUGUGACCACAAUUAGUGCACAUUUUUAAUAGAUUAAAAUUGUAUGGGAGUAUGAAUUAGAAAAAAACAGUAAUGAAUCGUCAAAGAUACCUAGUUGAUCCAAACUUUGGAAAGAAUGAGGACUUUUUUUUUACAACAAUAAGCACUUGUCGAAAGACACUUAAAUGGGUGUUAUAAAAGGAAAAUUUCCAUCAAUAAAAAUCGACUCCACUGGAAAAAUAAUGAUACAAUUUAAUGUAUGAGACAAUAAAUGUAUAUGUACAUGAAUACCUCACAGUACUGUUGAAUAAAAACUGAGCAUUCAACUUCAUAAUGCUCAACACAGCAAGUAUGUUCUGUCAUUGUUUGAUUAAAAACAACAAGAAAAAGGUAUUGUACCAUUUUAAAAACUAAGGAAAAAUUAAAUGAUUUUACUGCAGCAUGCACACCAUCUUUGUGGAGUGCAUGACAGUCAUCGAAAAAUAAGGGGACCCAAUUUACAAACUGCUUUUUUGUUUGAUUUAAAUACUGUACAUCAUGAGAGUUGUGAUGUGGUGUGCAAAUUACAGGACUCAUUUGAAAAAAAUUAUUAAUGUCAUGACUAUUUUUAUUUACUCGGGUCUUUCAGUGUUUCUUUGUCUUUGUGCCUUUUCCUGUGUUGAUGUAUAGUUUGUUUUUAGGUUAAAAUUACUCCUUACUAGUCAUUGAUUUGGGUUAGGGUUAGUUAGCCUUUAUUUUGCUCUUUGAGAAAAUAACUUAUUUACAUCUUAACUUCUCAUAAUGAAUUGCUCCCCUUAUACAUCACAUUCACUGCCAUUGACAGCUUUAGAGGGCAAAUAUUCCUGUUAACUAAGGCUGGCAGUGAAUGAGAGUUUAAGUGAAAAACUAAAAGAUAAUAUGUGAGUUUUCAAUGGUCUUUUUAGAAUGUUUGUAAAGAAUCAAGAACCCAGAUGUUUUUAAAUCACCUUGCUUUUUAAUUAGUGGCGGUUCAAUAAACUUUGUGUUUUCAAAUAAAGU